GAACAAGUUGGAAGGAAUAGUAUUUAGCGGUAUUCAACCUGAAGAAGUCUGACAUAUUUCGUUUUCAUCAGACAGAAUUCGUCAGAAAUUUAUCCCUACCGGAAACAAGUGGCAAUUUGCCGAAAAGAAAGAAAUAUCGACAAAAUGGCUGUAUCAACUGGAGCCUCACUGAUGUUGUCAACCACUUUGAUGGUUUUAUGUUUUGCUGGUAUGCAGAUGUUUAGACAGCAACUUGGUGGAGCAGAAUAUAUGACCAUUGUUGGAGGAUUCAUAGGAUCUAUUGUCUUCAUUUUAGUUCUAACUGCAGUAAACAACUUUGAAAGCUUGAUGUUUGGAGAAGGUUUCCAUAGCAAAGUACCAGAAGUUAUAUUUAGCCUUUUGGUAGCAAUGAUUUCAUCUGGUCUAGUACACAGAGUGUGUGUAACAACAUGUUUGAUAUUCUCGCUGGUUGCAUUGUUCUACAUUAACAAAAUAUCACAAGUGAAGUAUGCAGCUGCUGCACCUGUACAAGUUAAACAUACACCAAAGAAGAAGAAAUAGACAUAUUAUCAUAUAA